AUGGCGAGCAUCAUUAUCCGACAGGAUCCGGGAUCCAUGUACCGACCCGGCCGAACCAACAUUGGCUACAGCAUUGUCAACGACGAUGGCAUGAUUGGAGAACCCGCCUCCCAGGAUAACGAUGAUUCUUGGAUGGAGUUCCUGACCGACGAGGCGAUGACUGAUCUCGCCCUUCCUGACCAGGACCUCGACAUCACCCCAGGCGACCACUCUGAGAGCGAUUCCCAGCCGCAGGAUUCCCAGUCCGACAUGUCAGAGGUAGUCAUCGACUCAAUCGAGGCGGUGAACAGAGAGGACGAGGCCAAGGAGGAGAACCAGAAGGACGAGGCCAGUCAUUCCAUUGCCACCCGGGUUCGAAACCUAACACCUUUCUUCCUAGCUUCUCGUUCUCGCAAUAUUGACAUUCAGGCACAGGAACCUCUCAGCCCCAUGUUAGUUCAUGGCACGCCCCAGGACUCCACGCUGACCAGCUUCCGAGGCUUCUACGAUAACAUGGGGAACCCCGUCUUUCAAUAUGACUAUGACUAUGAGCCCGCUCUGCCCCCCCACCUCCGUCGGCCCAUCUUCGUCGACUGGGCCGAGCCCUUCAAGAGCCCCGUCUACGCUCUUCGUUACCUUGCCGAGAUUGCUGGGGACUACUACACCGUGGCUCUCAUGAACCAGAGAAUCAGCAUGCAGCAACGCCCACAGACACCGGUUGCUCAGAGCGUCUUGCAGUCGCACCUGCUUUCGCCUGCCGCCUCGCAUUCCGCUACGCCCGCUCGCGCGCCGGCUGCUAAGCGCCUUCGCUUCUCCGACGAUGUCGUUCUCUCUGGUUCUGGUUAA